GGGCAAUGCCUGCGAAACGUUGACGCUACACUGAAGUUGCUCUGAACGAGUUAGAUAUGUGGAAGAGAGUGUUGCAAUGGCUUGUUUCUCUGAUUCUGGUACACCACGCAAUGUGCGCACUGAAUUUAGGAAAUAUGGGAAGUGCCAUUACACUUUAUGUUACUGACACAGACCCUGAUGGUUUCGUAAUAUUCAAUGAUCUCCGAGCACAAGGGGCUGGUGGGCAAGCUAUAUAUUGGUUCUACAUUGGCACCGUAACUCCAGACCUGUCUCCAGAUCCAUAUCCAUUCGCAAUUGAACAGGGACCUGCUUCUUUGGAAAAUACUGGUAAGAUAGUUGCAGUGGUUCCCCCCGGCUUUGAUCCAACCAUUGGACAAUACAUAUUUGACGUUGUGGUAGAAAACCAGGCCAAUGGUGACACAGUUACUGCUGUUGUAACUCUAGAAGUUACUCUUGCUCCAGUAUUCCUUGAAAUCCCUGAUAAUGCUACCAUUGGCGAGUUCGCAGCAGCGCCUCAAACAAUAGCCACAGCAACAGCGAUGGAUGCCGACGGGCAAGCAAGUGAUAUAACGUUUACCAUUGCUAGUUCAAAUCCGAUUGGUGCUCCGUUUCAAAUUGGUCCAGUUACAGUCAUUGGGAAUAACGCGGUGCUAGAAAUCCAGAAUAUCGAUCUCCCUGGCCUUGACUAUGAAACUGGACCAAUCGUUUAUGAGUUAGUCAUCGAGGCAGCAGAUUUAACAGGGGGUACAAGAAGUUCUACAUUAACUGUCCACGUUUUAGACGAAAGGGAGCCAAUAUUGAUAACCAAUUUACCAGAUUCGAUCGAGAUAUCUGAAUCUGUGUUUGGGAGUAUAUUUUCAGCUGAGUGGGAUCCACCAGACGAUCCGGUAUGGAUGUUAUCUACCUCGCCGGCCAAUGGUCCAUUUAUUAUCGACGCAACAGGGUCGGUGAGUGUAGUGUCUCCGGGAUUGAGAUACCAAGAGCAAGCCACUUGGGAUAUAACCGUUUUCGUUGGCGAUGAAGAAGGAUUUACAGAUGAUCAGGUGUUACACGUCACGUUGUUACCUAACCUAGGACCUGAAAUCACCAACCUGGACGAUACUAUACAGAUUAGUGAAAUGAGUGCAGGAGGAACAGAUAUUUUUGUUGUACAAGCUGUGGAUAAUGAAGGAGAUGACUUUUACUGUGUCAUGUUUGCCAAUCCAAAUGAUGGUAACUUUGGGUUUACCUCGUCCACUAAUUCUAUCUACGUCAUCAACUCCCCUGUUCUGGAUUAUGAAACUGUGGAUGAAUAUACCUUGAGUGUAACGUGUCAUGACCUAGGCCAUGCCACCAUUAGUGCUGGCACACCUAAAGUAUUGACUGUACAGAUCACUGACGAGAAUGAAGCACCGAUAAUAACUAACUUACCGGCGUCGGUUAUCAUACCUGAAGACGCCUUCAAUUUGGCAUCUAUUUUCGAAACGGAUGGUUUUGAUGUCGACGGCAAUCCUCUGCAUUUUACUCUAACAGUUACUCCUCCCUCCGGUCAGGGGAAGUUCUCUGUAGCUGAUACAAGUAGAGAGGACAGGAAAGGAAAAGUAACCCAUUUUGGCGGCACAUCACGUAUGCCCAGCGCCACUAUAUUUAGAGACUUAAUGGAUACGUUCUAUAAUUCCGGUCUAGAUGCCAGUAGGUGGCAAUCCUCAAUGAUCCAAGUAUACAUAGUUGGUGGUGCCUCAAUGGUCCCGGUGAGCACAUUGGAUGCCAGUGGGUGGCUCCUCAAUGGUUCUGAUGGCAAUGAUGGUACGGUAUCUAUAUCUGAUAACCCUGCGUUCGACUUUGAGGAUGUAAAUCAAUAUACUCUUGUAUUGGAAGCCACUGACGGAGAGUUCACUGCAACUGGUACUCUGACUGUUGAUAUUAUGGAUGUAGCAGAACCACCAGUAUUUGUGCAUGAUAAUCAAGAUGUAUAUAUUGAUGAAGAACAGAUUAUUGGGACAUUAAUAUCGCUUGACUGGACUGUUACUGACGUGGAUGAUGUAUUAACUGAUUUAACAUAUAAUAUGAUUGCUGGAACCUAUUCUCCAUACUUCAGCUUAACUGGUGGGAUCAAUCCAGAAUUACGUAUCGCACAAGUCAUGGAUUAUGAAGCUACCUUUCCAGUCCCAUUUCCCAUAAUGCUUACUGUCACAGACCCAGCGGGAAAGAAAGAUUACCUGACAAUUAAUGUAUACCUUCAGAAUAUUUAUGACAAUGCACCAAUUUUCAGCCAGGCAGUAUAUUUCGCAGAUGUGUUUGAUGGAGAAUUGCAAGGUAGUCCUGUACUGCAGGCUUUAGCAACAGAUGUGGAUCUAUUUGACAUCAUUACGUACUCCAUAGAGCCAGCAAAUACAUAUUUUGUUAUUGACUCACAAUUAGGAGAAGUAACUGUAAAUCAACCCAUUAACUCUUCAAUCAGUGGGGAUAUCAUUAACUUUACACUGGUUGCUACUGAUCUGGGAUCGAAUCAAGACACAGCUUUUGUUCAGGUUACCGUUGCAAGUGUCGACAAAAUUCAUGUGAUUAUUGAUAGCAACGAUCGUCCAUAUUGGAAUUGGGAGGUGCCUUACGAUUUGGCCACCGACAGCCAUGUUAACAACGUCGUCACAAAUAACCAGAUCUUCGAAAAAAGUCGUUCAUUCAUCUAUAAGUUAUAUAUGUCAAACACACGAUUUAGAAUGACGACAGAUGGUGAAGUUUACGUAGCAGGCAAACUAAUGGCAGAAGAAGAAUACAUAUUAAUGUACUAUGUAGAAGACGAACACAUACCGCCGAUCAAGGCAGGUGUUUCAAUGAUUCGUAUUGACACCUACAUACCGCAGAUGGUUCUUGUGGACAUACAUCUAGGUAUUUCAAUUGCUGAUUUCACGACAUCCAGACAAGAUGCUUUUAUUGCUUCCUUGAAUAAACAUUUUAAACCAUGGAAAUACAGAAUAUCCUCCAUUCGCAGUGAUAUAACGGUGUCUACAAGAAAACUACUUCAAAACACGGCCGUCGUGGAAGUCUAUGCUUUGAAGAACGAUCUAACUGAUUCUCAGGACAAUGUUGACAAGACUAAGGAGUUUGUAUACUUUGUGGAUCUUACAGAGGCGAUGCAAGUGGAUUCAGAUGGCACACCAGUGGUUCUUUUAACUGGAACAGAUUUUGACGACUUCCCUGUAGAAAGUGUGCAACCAACAUAUGAAAUCAUCAAUACGCAUAAUAGCUAUAGCUGGUGGCUUAACACACCUGAAGGAAAUGCUACAUUGGCCAUCAUUUUAAUAAUUUUGUGUUAUCUAAUAAUUCAUAUGUGUUGCUGUUUGUUUUGUUUUAUCCGCAAAAGAAACCGUAGUGGUAAACAAGAAAUCACUUCAAGAGAGAAUGAUGUUGACAAAGAUCAAGAUGAGUCUUCGAUUGUUCAUAUAUCAGAAAAUAAAAAACUGAUUGAAAAGAAAAAGCUGUCUGAAGUAAAAAAUAAUGUACAUGGAAAUCAAAUGGCAGAUAGGACAUUGAAGAAAGAAAAACCACUGAUUAUACAAUCUACUCCAUUCUCCACGAACGAAAAACAUAAACUGCGACAGGUUGCUACAGUAGAACCUAAUUCGCCAAGCAAGCUAAGUAGUGUGCCCGAUGACAGAAAAGACAGUGUAAUAACGCCUCUGCCACUGAAAUUCAUGACUAGAGAAUCCCAUAUUGCACCAUCAACACAUCCAAGGGCAUUGAAUAAAGAUAAGAAGUCAGUGUCAAAAACGAGUAUUCUAUCAAUGGGCAAAGAUGUUACACAGUCUCGAACAAGUCUCGGAUCUAAUCGCAGAGGCAUAAGAUCGAACAAGUUUAGCAGACACGAUGCCGACAAUUAUAGCUUGGCUAGCAAUGUCACUGAAAAGUAUAAACCCGAAGGACUAAAAUGGUAUUAACAAUGUUUGACAUAAGAAAAUUCAAUAGUGUAAAUUAGCACACUUGUUCCGUUCUUGUUGCUGCAAUAUAUGUGAAGUUUUGUAUUAG